GCCAUCUCUCUCUCUCUCUCUCUCUCCUCUUGUGCUGCUGUAAAGGCAAGAGUAGCAGACGCCAGAUAGCCAGCCAAAGCAUUCCGCCAAGCACAGCACUCAAAUCCUUACCGCCCCCCGGGUCUCUUCCUUUUACCUGGCAAGAUGAGUACCAUGAAAUUUUGCCGCGAAUGCAACAAUAUUCUAUACCCUAAGGAAGAUAAGGACCAGAAGAUCCUCCUCUACGCGUGCCGCAACUGCGAUCACCAGGAGGUUGCUGAUAACAACUGUGUCUAUAGAAACGAGAUACACCAUGCUGUUGGAGAGCGCACUCAAGUGUUACAGGAUGUGGCUGCAGAUCCAACUCUUCCUCGCACUAAAUCUGUUCGCUGUACUCAAUGCAACCAUGGAGAAGCUGUCUUCUUCCAGGCCACUGCUAGAGGGGAGGAGGGUAUGACGCUGUUUUUUGUGUGCUGUAACUGUGGCCAUCGAUGGAGAGAUUAAGAAUGAAACAAAGUAUUGAUGCAAUCUUUCAGGCUGUUCUUCAGUGGAAAUAGUAGACGACUUUUGUGACAGUAUGUUGCAUGGAGUUCAAGAGACUCGUUACUGAUCCAUGGACAUGGAUGUCAAGGUUUU